AUGUGGUGCUUCGGAUCAUGUCGUUCACAAAUGUCCUCAGGUUUUCCAAUAACUGGGACUCCAGAUGGCGGAGUUCCCAGUUAUUCAAUGCCAUCAUCUAUUCUUUCCAAUAACCCAAUUUUUAUUCGUGCUCAAGUUAACAAUGUUUACCGUCACAUCGUUUUGGAUACUGGCUCGGGCACUACUAUUAUAAAUCAUCGUUUCUUAAAACAAAUUCCGCACGCUAGCUUUCGAUCUAUUUCAUCGUCUUAUUCUUCUGCAAAUUGUACGUCGCUUGUUAUUAUUGGUGAAGUCGAUCUUAAUAUACAAAUUAACAACAUCGUUACCACCAUCACUGCUGCUGUUGCUACUUGUCUUGUCACUGAUUUGUUACUUGGCACUGAUUGGAUUAAUAUUUAUGUACAAUCUCUCGAUAUUGCUAAUCAAACUCUAACUAUACAUGAUGCACAGGAUCAAUUUACAACUACUUCACUUCUUCGUCAUUUCGAUUCAUCAACAACUUCAUCCGUAUCACUUGUUCAUUCUAUUACAAUUCCGAAAUAUUCUACGUCUACCGUUUCCGUCAAAAUUCCGUCGCUCGAUAAUACAACCGUUAUUUUUGAACCGUCUUCAAAAUUCACAAUGGAACCUAUUUUCAUUCCGGAUUCGUUAAUCAAUGUUCGAAAUCAUCUUUCCAUUGUGUCGAUUACUAAUCAUACCGAUCAUUCAUAUACUAUACCGCAAAAUACUUGUCUUGGAACUGUAUCGAUCUCGUCAAUCAUUUGCACCAUGUCAUCAUCCAAUACUUCUGAUUACCAUUCUUUUUCGGAUGUCUCAGAUCCUAGUUCAUCUGAAAAAUAUACUUGUUAUGUUUGUCAGGACGUUUUUCUCACCAACAAUGAUCUUCAUCAUCAUCUACGUGAACGUUGUUUUCCCGUCGAUCUCUGCCAUCGUAUCGAUACUCUAACAUCACAUAUUACUGAUUCUACGUAUCGCACUCACAUUCAGAACAUUCUUUGGAAAUACGGUAAACUCUUUGAUGUUCGUUAUCCGUCAAAAAUUAAUUUUAUGCUUGAGAAUGCCAUCGACACUGGCUCUCAUCGUCCUGUGUAUACUACUCCAUAUCGUCGUUCGCCGAAGGAUCAUGAAAUACUCAACGAACAAACAGCAAAUCUAUAUAGUCAGAACAUCAUUGAACACUCUAAAUCACCAUGGUGUUCUCCUGUUGUUCUCGUAAAAAAGAAGGAUGGUGGAACCCGCUUUUGUGUCGAUUACCGAAAGCUCAAUGCUAUUACCGUCAAAGAUUCUUUUCCACUGCCGCGUAUCGACGAUAUUUUCGAUCAAGUAUCUCAAGCUACUUACUUUACCAAACUUGAUUUCAAAAGUGGAUACUUUCAAAUCCCACUUGCACCAGCUGAUCGUCCAAAAACUGCUUUUUCCACACGUGACAACCAUUAUCAAUUCACUGUUCUUCCACAAGGUGUAAAAAAUGGUCCCCCAACGUUUCAACGUAUCAUCAAUGAAGUUUUAGGUCCAGAUCGUCGGAAAUAUUGUUUAGCUUAUAUUGAUGAUAUUUUAAUUUUCUCACAAACGCUCGAUGAUCAUCUUUUACAUCUCAACGAAGUCUUUGAUUUACUUCAUUCGUUUAAUUUUCGUUUAAGUGUUGAAAAAUGUACAAUUGCUGCUGAACACAUCAAUUACCUGGGUCAUCAUAUUCAUCAUGGUCACAUUCGUCCAAGCACUGAUAAUGUUCGUGAUUUGCUUGACUCUCCGAUACCGACUACACCACAAGAAACUUUUCGAUUCGUUAAAGCAGCUGAGUAUUUUCGGAAAUUUAUUCCGAAUUUUUCUCGAAUUGCCGCACCUUUAUACAAAUAUACACCAUCAUCACGGAAUCCUGAUACUAUUCCAGCUACUUCAUCAUGGACUUUAUCUUCACAUGAACGCGCUGCAUAUGAUCAACUGAAACACAUACUUUCUACUGAUUUGGUUUUACACCUUCCAAACUAUGAUUUACCAUUCAAAAUUCAAACGGAUGCUUCGAAAGUUGGUAUUGGUGCUGUUUUGUUACAAACAUCUCCUGAAGGUGAUCGCCCAGUGUGUUAUUUGUCAAAGAAAUUUUCACCUACUCAACAACGAUGGCCUGUUAUCGAACAAGAAUGUUAUGCUAUCGUGGUAGCUAUCGAACAAUGGCGUCAUUACCUACACGGACGUCAUUUUACCGUUGAGUCGGAUCAUAAGCCAUUGGAAUCAUUCACCAUCAAAUCCCAACUCAAUGAUAAAUGUGAACGCUGGCGUUUAAAGCUACAAUCCUAUGACUUCACUAUUCGUCACAUUUCUGGCACCACCAACGCCAUGGCUGAUUUUUUAUCUCGCUCACCGGUACAUUCAGUCGUAGCUGAUCUCGAUUCUGAUCUUCCAACUACUUUCGUUUCUACAGCCACUCAAACUACUGAUGAUUUUCUUGUGACACCCAGUAUUAACAUGGUCACUACUCGAUCUCGUACAAAACAAACUGCCCUGCCGGAUCAUGCUACUAUUACCACUUCUACGAACAAUUCUUCUAGCGCUUCACCUCGUUCAACACAUUGUCCAUCAGUCGAUGAUCUUGAAAUUCGUUUUACUGGUGAUCUUUCAGUCUUACAAGCAGCUCAACAAAUCGAUCCAACUGUUCAACACAUCAUACAUAACAUCCAUACUUCACCAUAUAACACUUCGUAUCUCAUUUCGAAUGGUCUUCUGCUACAUAAAACUUCUCGUUACAAGCCUGUACCUUAUGUUCCAGCUGGUCCAAUCCGCCAGGAUAUCAUGAAGAUUUACCAUGAUACACCAGCUAAUGGUGCUCAUUUUGGUCGCGAUAAAACUCUUCAAAAGGUUCAAGCUCGUUACUAUUGGGAUACAAUGCGCUCUGACAUUACUAAUUAUAUUCAAUCAUGUUUUCGUUGUACGCAAAAUAACCCUGUUCGUCGCAAACCACCUGGUCAUCUGCAAUCUAUUGAACCUCCAGAUGGUGUUUGGCAAUUGCUGGCCAUGGAUUUCCACGGGCCUAUCUUUCCUACGAGUCAGCGUGGUAACAAAUACAUUAUCUCUUUAACUGAUAUUUUGUCGAAAUUUGUUAUUGCCAAAGCUGUUCGCGAUUGUACUGCUACUACCGCCGCUCGUUUUAUUCAAGAAGAAGUAAUUUGCAAAUACGGCACACCAAAAUGUAUUCUAACUGACAAUGGCACUCAUUUUACUUCUAACAUGUUAAACGAACUUUUCAAACGUCUUGGGAUCGUUCAUAUGUAUUCCACACCGUACCAUCCACAAACGAAUGGUCAGAUCGAACGUUUCAACAGCACGAUGGAUUCAAAAAUUGCUUCGUUGUCCAACUCUUCUCGUUCUGACUGGGACGAUCAAUUACCAUAUGUUAUUUUCAAUUAUAACACCAGUUCUCAUUCCACUACAAACACCAUCCCAUUUGAACUCAUGUAUGGUCGUUCACCGAUACUUCCUUGUGACAUGCAAGAUCCUAUGGUUUCACUACAAAUCGAUCCUCAAUAUUCUACCAAACUGCGCGAACACGUCUCAUCUCUCACCACUAAUGCUCAACAUAAUCUUCGAUCCAUUCAACAAACAUACAAAACUCGAUUCGAUGCUAAUCGUUCAAAUCCUUCGUACGCCAUUAAUGAUUUGGUGCUCAUCAAGACAUCUAAAUCUCGUCGCAAAUUCGAUGUUCGUCAUGAAGGUCCAUAUCGUAUUAUUCAACGUCUUACGAAUAAAACAUAUAUUGUGCAACACGUUCAUCUACAUCAUUUAACACAACAAGUUACUGUCGAUUCUAUUAUUCCAUUAAUUUCACGUCACACAUCUACUUAA